AUGGCGAUGCAGGACGAAGGCGGAGAAGCAAAUCAUGGUUUUGAAGACAUCGACCUAGGUGAAAGUCCCUCAAGUCUUGACACUGGUCACCCUGGUAACUCAAGCCCGAUCAACCAGACAGGGACCCAAGUAAUACAUAAAUGUGACAUUUACACCGCAACAGGGGCAGUUAAACCAGAGUGUGAAGCAGUUGAGAAGUCGCCUCCCAUAAAUACAAGAAAUGAAACUGUACGGCUGGAUAGGUUUAUGUCUUUGGGUCAUUUUGUGGUCAUUUUAGUAGCUUCUACAGGCGGUCAAUCUGUAUUUAUAUCCCCUGGUCCGGUCUUGCAAUACUCCGGCUCGGUGGGACUCGCUCUGAUCAUCUGGUUCGCCGGGGGGAUUUUAAAUCUGCUAUUGGCACUAUGCUUCACGGAACUGGGCACGCUGUUCCCAGAAGCUGGAGGCCCAUAUGUGUUCACCCUGAGAACGUUUGGCUCGAUGCCUGCCUUCCUGACAGCGUGGGGCUAUACUAUUCUGGUGGUCAGCCCCGCCUGGGCGUUGUUGGCGUACAUCACGGCGCUCUACUCUGUCCAACCGUUUUUUUCUGGCUGUUCCCCGCCAUUGUUGGGGGUAAGGCUUCUGGCAGCAACUGUCCUCCUAUCCUGUGUCGCUCUCAACUGUAUUCACGUGAAAAUCGUCACCAAAGUCCAGACAUUCCUCAGUAGUGUGAAGCUCCUGGCUCUUCUCAUCAUCGUGGUAGGAGGCAUUUACAGAAUGGCCACGGGGGAAAUAGAAAAGUUUAAUCAGUCAUUCGAUGGAACCACAGAGAAACCGGGACAGGUAGCACUGGCGAUAUUGUCCUCGUAUUACGGAUAUGGUGGGUGGCAGGUUAUAGUGAACGUGGUUGAGGAGAGCAAGCGCCCGGAGAGAGAUCUACCUCGAUCUGUGUACAUCAGCUUCGCUCUCGUCAUCACCCUGUUCUGUCUCACCAACAUGGCUUACUUCUCCAUCCUAAGCUUCACGGAGAUCACAGGCACCGAUGCUAUAGCUGUUUUAUAUGCAGACAGAUUGUACCGGCCAAUCACAGCUGUAAUAUCUGUUCUGGUUGUGGUGUCAGCCAUCGGAGCCCUCAACGCUCUCGUCCUCGGCCACUCCAGGUCACUGUUCGCCGCGGGUCGUGUGGGACAUAUGCCGUCGUUUGUGGGAAUGGUUCACCAAAAGUAUCACACUCCAUGGCCAUCACUCUUCAUUCUCGGCAUCAUGUCCAUCGUCAUGCUGUUUACUGGAGACACCAUAGUCCUGAUAGAAUACGUCAGUAUUGGCGCCAUCUUGAUGGCUUUGGAAGUUUUGGUUGUUCUGCUAUAUCUUCGCUGGAAACCGACCAACAGGAAGCCUCCCUAUAAGGUGUCACUUGUGGUGGCUGUUACGCUGGUUUUCAUUCAUCUGGCCGUUGUGGGUUUGUCUGUUUACCAGAAGCCCAGUGAGAUGGGAAUAGCCCUGGCCGUCAUCUUUGUGGGCAUCCCAGUCUAUUGGUUUGGGGUGGCUUGGAAACAUAAGCCUAAAACCUUCCAAGCCUUCUUAGACAAAUUCACCCGGAUAAUGUCCAGCGCCUUGGAUCUGACGAAAACCCAGUGA